GGGGUGCUGCUGUGUGAGCGCGGUGGAGUAGCUAUUAUUGUUCAGCAUAGCUACUGCUUUAUAGACAGCAACAGCGAACCUGAAUGAAGUGUGAAGUUUGGAAAGACAGAUCCUCCAUACUCGCAGGAGACAUCUUAUAGGCUACUCUUGAAGUAUAGAUUGUAUACUCUGAAGCAAUGAAUUGAAUAUCAUCCUACACUUACAAAUGGAAGUCACAUCACAACAAGCACCUAUAUUGCAAUGCAUAUGUGACAACAACCUGCAGGAGCUCGAGAAUUUACUUAAAAACCAUGACAUAAAUGAAGUUUAUCAAGAGUCGGAUGAUUGUAUAACCCCACUGAUUGCUGCUGUUGUAAAUCACAAGGAAGAUAUUUGUGCUUUCCUACUGAAAGAGGGUGCAGAUCCAAACAAGGUGUCAGGAAAUAACUUGACACCUUUGCAUUAUGUCUCAUUGUCUAAAGCUCCACUUGCUUUUGUGAAAAAGCUGCUAGAAGCAAAAGCUGAUCCAAAUGGAUGCGCUCCCCAGCAAUUGACACCACUGCAAACUGCCGCCAUCCAUGAUAGGAAAGAUGUCAUGAAAGAGCUCCUAUCUGUUGGUGCAUUGCUAACAUUGUUACCUGCAGAACCUGAACAUAUUAAUCACAAUGAAAAAAUAGUUCAGAUGAUUGGUAACAUUCCAUCAGAAGUAGAUAAUUUGUGCUCCAAGCUAAAAGAUUUUUUGCUUGUAGAAAAAGCUGCCCGAGAGAAAAGAUCUGACGAAGUGUUCAGAAAUUUUGACAGUUGCUUGCUACAGGAGCAUCCUCAAACCCAUCUGACCGUGAUUGAAACGCUUUUUGAUGUACAACGGCCAGAUGGUAAAAAAUACUGCCAUCUUAGUAUCAAAUGGUUGAAGGACACAGGAAGUUUCAACCUCUACAUUACAGGGGCAGUGCGUCGCUUUCCAACCAUUCUCCAGCGAAAUGUGUGUCAGGCAAUUGAUACUUUACAUGCAGUUUUCUUCACAAUGAAGGAGAUACCAAAUGAGCAAGCACUAGCUAUAAUCCCCAAACUGCUGCAACGGCUUUACGCAGAAGAAAGACCUGAUAUUUGGCAAGCUGUUCAGCAAACACUAUAUGUGAUAACACAGAAAACAAAAGGCACAAAUGAAUGGGAUCGCAGUUUUAUUGAGGAGUUAUGCAACACAAUUGCUCCCUUUGUGAAGGAUCAACACUCCUCUGACAUUAGAGUCUACACAUAUGGCAUAUAUGCAAACUUGCUCUCAGUUGAACAUGCUGUUAACAUCUUAACAACAGUGGGGAUAACUUCAGUGCCUGAGGACAUACUGACAUCUGCAGAUAUGAAAAUGAAUGACAAGCUGAAAGAAGCGCUCAGACGAUUGAAAAAUCAUUUCAGCCAUCCAGAUGGGGAAUGUGAGGAUGGUACAGCCUCACCUGAAGCCAAGAAAAAGGAGAUGUCAGAAAAGCAUGAAGACCCAAAUGAUCAAGUUUCUAGUACUUCAUCUGAUCCAGCAGCAGUUCUUGUUGUGGAAUCAACUUCAAAUGUAAUGCCAUCUCACUCGAACCCCAGUAAACCACUAGUGACACAAAAAUGGCUACAAAUCAGCAAUAGAUGGAGGGAGAAACUAGAGAAGCUUGUGAGCACUGAUGAAACUAAAAUCACCAGAAUUAAGAGCAUCAUUUAUGUAAAUGAUGCAGAAUUGCGCAUAGCAAAGGGAAGUGAUGGUACUGAAGUCUUCUUGGGGCUGAGAGAUGAUGGCACUGAAGUUGCAAUCAAGAAAAUGUCUAAAAGCAACUAUCAAGUUCUGAUGAAUGAGGAAGGAUUUCUACGACUUCCAGAGCUCGAUGAUCCUUUUAUUGUACGAUACAUUGACUUUGCGGAGGAUGAGCACUUUGGAUAUCUUUGUCUUCAACUCUGUGAAUACACUUUGGAAGAAUAUAUCAGAAAAACUCAUGACAGUGAGCUGAUAAAGAAACUUGUCAGGGAAGUUCUCGAAAGUUUAAGUGUGCUUCAUUGUCAAAAUCCUCCAAUUCUUCACCGGGAUCUCAAACCACAAAAUGUUUUGAUUGCUGUGACCAGAAGGGCAAAAUUAGCUGAUUUUGGCAUAAGUAGACGUUUACCCACAGACCAAACAACUUAUUACACAGCCAGCGCAGGAACAAGAGGCUGGAUGGCCAAGGAGACUUUAAAAGAAGACAGUGAUGUAGGAUACAAGCCGAGCACAGAUAUACAGGUGGCAGGGAUGCUGAUUUAUUAUAUCCUCUCGGGAGGACACCAUCCGUUUGGUGCUAAACCCUAUGAGUAUGAGUACAACAUUCAUGAAGGAAAGUACACUUUGGACCAUGUUCAAGACAUUGUGGCAAAGGAUCUCAUUGAGUGGAUGAUCCAUGAAGAACCAAAGAACAGACCUAAAGUGGAACAAUGCUUGAGUCAUCCCUUCUUCAGGACCAGUCAAUGGAAAGUCAAUUACUUGAGAAAUGUUGGAAAGAUGGACGAGGUGGCAAACUGUCGAAAUGGUGACCCAGAAUUAAUUUCUUCAAUGGAAAAAUUUUGUGGGGGUGUAUCCUACAAUCAUUGGAAAAUGAAGUUUCCAGCAGAGUUGGUCCAGAAGAUGGACAGCAAGAAAAAACCUUACCCUGAACACAUAUUGGGAUUACUUCGCUUCAUACGGAACCUCGAUGCGCACUAUUUUAAGGAUGCAGGCAAAGUGGAUUUGAUUUCACUGUUUCCGGAUCUCUUUGGAUGUGUUUAUACAUUCUGCAAAAGCCAAGGGUGGAAUUCAGAGAGUCCCCUGAAGGAAUUGUUCACAGAAGAAGGGACGAGAGACCCCACCAAUGAUGUAAUGCCUCUCACAAACCAUGAGGAACAUCUCAGUCUUCCAGUUCAAGAAUCUCAAAAAAGUUUUACUGAGUCAACUGCAAAUUGACACUAGGCUCAUCACUGCAGCCUUUCAACCUAGCACGGUAUUUACUAAGUGGAUGUGUGGAUUGGAUGAACUGUGGCUAAAUGCAGCAAGACCAGAUGCUGGGCGCUUGUGCUGCAGAUUUUACACUUGCACAUUUUUUUCAUUGAUCUGAAGAUACAAAGUACACUAUAAAGGUAAAACGUAGAUCUGCAAGCUUCUGGAUAAUGAGAGAAAUCUGGUCCACUUGCAGACUGCUUAACUUCACUGCAUAGGUGGAUGUAGAGAAAGAUUAGAGCAUUAUUGUUUGCAAGAGAGAACCCCACUAUCUUUCUGAUUAAAGAUGACAAUGAUCAGGGUUUCCUUAAAAAUCCAGUAUAAGAAAAGCAUUUUGUUUCACAGAGACCCCUGUCUCCUAUAACCACACAACCUGCCAUUGGUUUCAGAUUUGUUUUCAGAUGAAUCUGUCCUCUUCACAAAACCUAUUAAAAAGGCUUGGGAACAAUAUCUUUAGGUAGUAAUUUCUGUGGAUACUUGCACCUAAAUGUAUCCAAUCAUGUUCUAUGAAAUUGAGACACCAUUAGAUUUAAAAUAAAGUGAUUCCUGUUUGAUUAGGAUCAAUAUUUCCAUCAAGGCGUCACUGCAUGUGUUAAGUAUAAGUAUUGUAAGAGGUCUCUAGUCCUCAAACUGUGUCUCGAAGUUCAGCUUUGAGGUGUUGCAAUGGAACUCAUAUGUGAACCUCAGGUCCAGAAAUCUCAGCAAUCUUACCUUGGUCAUCAGAAUGAGUAGAUUGUCAUCUUUCACUAUGGAAAUUCAGCAUGGUAAUAGACAAGAAAUUGAUUUGAAUCCCUUUGGAACUACGGCAUUACCAUAAUGAUGAUUGUCUGAACUUACUGCUGGGACUUCUCCUUUCUACAUUUUAUGUAGUUGACCACUGGCUUUGAGAGCUUGGUCAAAGUACCUGUAGAUUUUAGUUUAUCCUUUUUUCUUGUUGAUCAUGCUGUGUGUAUCUGAUAGGAGUGAGUGUAAAUUAAAAUGGCUACUUUUUUAUUUACUGGGCCACAAGAGAGCUAUUCCAUUUCUCUUUUUUACUCACACCUUACAAAUGAGCUUCCAUUUUUUUUCCAUGUGUGUAUGCCAAAGAUUUAAUGAUGUACUCUGUGGUGGUAUAACUGAAUUUUUUCUUUAAUAAUUUUUUUUAUUACUGUAGUUUUAGCAUAGUGAUAAUAUAUUUUUUGACAAAAAAAAUGAAUUUUUGUUGUGAAUUGUUUUCUCAGUUUUAGAGAAAUUAAGGUAAAUUAAGCAUUAAUGUACUUGUGUUCCAGCAAAAGUGUCUCACUCAACCAUUCAACCAUCAUGUUUUCAUGUAGACAACUUUAAGCGACUUUUUCUUGUAAAUUCUUGUAAGAUUUUAUACUUUACCAUUAUACCUAUAAGGAGCUAUUCUACUUUUAUUUUGCAUUUUCCUGAUGGAUGCAGUAGCUGUAUAUGAUGAACUCUAAAGUAUCAAAUCCUAUGUUGGUUCUUUCACAAACAGAGCUUGACAAGUUGUAUUUUGAGUCAUUUUGUUUCUUGAUAUUUUGUCGAUUAUCUCAUGGCACUAAAGAUUACGAAAGGAAUAGAGUGUGGUUAUUCAUUCAUAAUUACACUGAUGAGCUUCAUUAACAUUUUUUAAUAGAAGAUCAUUUUUUGCAAAUGUGAAAAACUUAAUGAAAGAUGCAGAUGUUAUUCUCCAUAUCUUCUAAACAUUUAAACUUGACUAUUUAAAUAUGUAAAAAUAUUAUAUUUCGUCAUGUUUGUGUUAUGGUUAUGGCACAGUAUCAGUAAAAGAUCA